AUGCUUCGACGCGCCCUUCCCUCCACCAAACGUCUUGUAGGGCGAACCUUUUCUACUGUAGAACAGGUUGCACGGCCGUCGAAAUGGAAGAGACGACUGUUGAUAGCAACCGGCGUUGCUGGUGCCGGUGGUGCCACAGUUUUCGGAUUUUCAUACAGCAGCGAAAAGAAAAGACAGGAGGUUGAAAAGAAGAUCAGGAGCGUGGAAGAGAAGGCCGUUCCCACCAGAGCACAACAGCUGAAGCGCCUGGCGUCGGGUGAAGAGUUCGAUGUGUUGGUGGUUGGAGGUGGUGCCACAGGUGCUGGCGUAGCAUUAGAAGCCCAACUUCGCGGCUUGAACGUCGCCUGUGUGGAGCAGGAAGAUUUCGCUUCAGGCACAUCCUCGAAGUCGACCAAGUUGCUGUGGGCUGGCUCGCGCUAUUUGGUGAAGGGCUUGGUAAAGCUUUUCUCACCUUCCUCCAUCACGAGUCCAGCCACGGCUUGGAAUGACUUCAUGGGCACGUGGCACAUGGUGCUGGGCUGCUUCCGUGAGCGAACCUACAUGUUGACCAUGAAUCCCCACAUUACCAACUGGGUACCCAUCGCUGUUCCGCUGGACAAGUGGAUCAUUUGGCCUCCACCGUUCGACUAUCCGCCCGCUGCGUUGGGCCCUUGCACAGGGCUGUUUGUUAUUUUCUUCAAAUUCUACGAUCUUCUGGGAAAGUACGUGGCUCCGAGCUCCUUUGUGAUGUCCUCCGAGCGCGCUCGAGCAGAUUUUCCACAGAUGGAUGGCAAGAGGAUGAAGUAUGUCUCUGUCUUCUACGAGGGUGAGCACAAUGAUGCGCGCACCAACCUCUGCAUUGCAUUCACUGCUGCCAUGUAUGGCGCAGCAAUCUCCAACUAUGCCAAGGUGGAGCGAAUUCUCUUCGAUGAGAAAGGUGUCGCCCAGGGUGCUGAGGUCCUAGACAAAGCCGAUCCAAAUGCCAAGCCUUUUCAAAUCAAAGCCAAAAAGAUUAUUUACUGCGGAGGCCCUUUCACAGAUGGCCUGCGACAGCUUAGUGAAGGACAGGAUGUGAAACCAAUGGUCAAUGCAUCUGGUGGCACGCACAUUGUGCUUCCGCCCUACUACUGCCCUCGACACAUCGGCAUGGUUGACAUGAUGACAUCCCGAGGCUCGUUCCUCUUCUUUCUGCCAUGGGAGGGCUACACCUUGGUUGGAACCACCGAUGUGAAAACAAAGCCAGAUCUGCAUCACCAAGUGCCGGAGGAUGAGAUCCAGUACUUGAUCAACGAAUGCGAGAAGUACUUGUCGCCCAGUCUCCGCGUGAGACGCCGCGAUGUGAUGUCUGCAUGGUACGGCAUUCGUCCAUUGUGUGGCGACCCCAAUGCCAAAGACCAGAGUUCCGCCUCCCGGGACCAUGUCGUCUCCCAUCAUCCCAGCAACGGCAUCACCUUCGUUUCGGGUGGGAAGUGGACCACCUGGCGAGAGAUGGCGGAAGAUGGUGUGGAGCAGGUGAUCCAACGCCAUCCCGAGCUGAAAAAGAAGGCCGGUCCCUCCAUUUCGCUGGAAACUCCAUUGCUGGGCACUGGCAAGACGGACCUCUUCCCUGAAGGAUACCACGAGAAUUUAGCUGUGAACUUGUCACAGAAAUAUGACUUGGCCUUCGAUGUUGCUCAGCAUUUGGUGCGAAAUUAUGGCACCAGGGCUGGACAGGUGCUAGACAUGGUGGACCAGGACACGGUGAAGGGUUCUCGCUCUGGACUGUACAAGCACUACCGCAGAUUGUACGAGGGUGCGGCUGCCACCACUGGCUAUCCUUACUUGGAAGCGGAAGUGCGCUACGCUGUGAAUCACGAAUAUGCCGUGUCUCCAGCAGAUGUCCUGGCGCGAAGAACACGCCUGGCCUUUCUGAACUCCACUGCAGCGAGAUUGUGCUUGCCAAGGGUGGUGGAGAUUAUGGCCGAGUGCCUGGGUUGGUCUCCGGAACGUGCCUUGCUAGAACACGAGCAGGCUGAACAGCUGCUGGCGCGUGACUUUGCCGGACCUGUACCAAACAAGGAAGGCGCAUUGCUUCGCUCUGCGUGCACUGCAGACGUGAAGGAUGUGUUCGACCACAUCGAUGUCGAGCAGAAGGGCACCCUGACCAAGAGCGGCAUCGCCAAGGCUGCAGCCGAGCUAGGCUUCCCCUUGUCCCAAGCGGAGUUGCAAAAGGCGGUAAGCGAGAUGGACACUGACAAGAAUGGAGAAGUCCACUUUCCGGAAUUCUUGGCCAUUUGGCUGCAGUUGCAUUCUUUCCGAAUUGAUUUGGUUCUGUUACUUGGAAUUAUGUAA